GAAAUGGAAAGACACAAACCGACCUAUCGACACUCGAGUGAUACCUCUAAAUCGACGAAUCUAAACCCAAGUACCCCAGUAAGACCAAUCAUUGAUUACGGAGAAGUUGACUUUGAAGCCAUAAUUGAACAUAACCAUGAGGAAGAUACAGUAGAAAUAAAGAACCAAAUAAAAGAUACAAAAAAACCAUCCGUAUUUGAUCGUUUAGGCAAAAGAAGUCAACGAGUAGUGCAAAUUACUACCAAUCAAUCGAAAACCGAUAUUCAGGAAAAUUCAAAUGACUUUCAGGAUAAUGAUCACUCUCAAACUAGACAGGAGUCUAGCGUUGUACCUAACACAACACAGAAAAAUCACCGAAUUGAUACCGACAAAAUACAUCAUGUACCAAAAGAACACCUUUCGUCACAAGAAAAGAACAUUGAGUCAAGAAAACGAAAGAGCACAAGCCAAUCACAUAGCACCUACACGAAUAGGCAAAAGAAAAUUAAAACAUCAAACAUUGAAAGAAACGGAGAAAGAAGUAAAACGUAUCAUCAUAAUGCACAUAAUCACAAUGAAGGAACCAGAGACAAACGAACGUUUCCUAGAAAUAGAACACAUGAAAGGUCUCGUUCUGAGAACAAAAGGCAAGAACCUCUUCUUUCCCCUAGACGACGAGAAAGAUCAUUCUUUUCAAAUAACAGAAAUCGUAGUGUUGACGUUGGGGAAAGGCAAGAUACUUCCUUUCAAAGCUCACUGCAACAAACAAGAUUUAAACGAUCACGAACAAAAUCGCCACGAAGAACUGAAUAUAGAGGACAAUCUUCACGAAGCAAUACACCAGAACAUCAAAGAAGACAAACUUCUAGUUUACGUGUAGUUCAUAGAAGUACACGACAACAAAGGUCUUCAUGCAAAAAAACGAAUUUUCAUUUAUUUCAUUCCCCUGAAAGGUCACAUUCAAAGAACAACAGAAGUCGAGAACCUUUACAUUCGCCUAGAAGACGAGAAAGAUCAUCCUCCGCAAAGGACAGAAAUCGUAGUGAUCAGGAAAGGCAAGAUAUUUAUCCUGACAAACAACGUUCACUGCAAAACUCAAUAAAUAAAGGAUCACGUACUAAAUCAACACACAAUACUGAAUACAGAGGACAAUAUUUUCCAACGAAUACAUCAGAACAGCAAGAUAGAAAAACUCCUAGUCCACAUGUAGUUCCCGAAAAUACAAGAAAUCAAAGGUCUCCAUGCACAAAUUCGGAUUUUGGUUUAUCUCAAUCAAAUUUUGACAUCAACAUUGAGCAUGAUACAAAUACACAAAAAAUCCAUCAUAAAGACAUCAGACAUAAAACCAUUAGACAUGGACAGUCUUCGUUGAUUCAUGAAAAAUCUUGCACUGUAACAGUUCAAAAUGAAGAAACGUAUGGCAAAACGCAUGACUCAAGCAGACCUUCGUUCAAUGUAAAUCAAAAGAAAAAUUGCAGUGACCGAUAUCAAUCUCGUUCAAAUAACAAAUCAAGAGACCAAAAGAGAAGGCAAAACUAUAACGGAAAUAAAACAUUCACAAAAAAAUCUCAGAACGGAUUUGAAGCAUCUGAUCAAAAGAUAGACAUUACACAAUUAUCAAAGAUGGAUAACGAUAGUUUAGCGGCCUAUUUGAGUACUUGUAGUAGAGAACUAGACACAUUUCUAUUUAAACACGAAAUGAUUGACCAAAUGGCGUUAUUUUUGCAAGUUAUGUGUCAGGUUUGUGAGUCUAAGCAUCAUUCAUUGGUACAAAAAGCUCUUAAUCCGUUAAAAGAAAGAAAGUUUUUUGAACGAAAGGAUAUAAAAUACAUUAUUUGCGAGUUUCGUUUAAAGUUUGAUAAGGAACACAUUGACAUGCUACAAAAUUUACUUAUUUUGAUGAAAGGGCUUGUUUAUCAUGUCAAUGCUGGUCCUCGCGAUUUAAUGCAACCAUUAGAUUCUUUAGAAAGAUGUGUUCACGAAAAAGUCGACGACGAGAAUCAAAAAGGAGUCCUAGAAUCCUUAAUACUAGAAAUAAGAUAUAAAUGGAAUCAUCAAGAAAAAAAUUCUAAAACCGAAAACAAACUGUCAACAUUAGCUAUAUUGCCAGAUCAUACGGAAAUAGAGACAUGUGAGAAUGUAAACAUUGAUUCUGACUAUGACACAGAGGAAAGCUAUUUACGAAGACUAUUUAUGGUCCAUCGUCAAGACUUUAUAAGACCUUUGUGUAGAGGGUUGGUGUCUUUGAAAGAAAGUAUAAAUGAGGAUCCAGAUUGCCUUGAGAAAAGAUGGAGACAUGAUGACAUCCGUGUCUAUAAAGAUAUAUCCUUCCUAGCCCGAUGUUGCAAUGAACAGAAUGGUAUUACCUGGAAAAUAAGAUUUGAUAUCACCCCCUAUAGCCGAAUUAACUGGAACACCAGAAAGCUACUAACAUUUGGCUCCCUCGUUUGUUUAACUAACAAAAAAUUUAAGAUUCUUCAAUAUGCAACUGUAGCAGAGCGUAAUCCUGCUGAUCUACAAAAGGGGAUUUUCGAAAUCAAAUUUACCGAGGAUAUUGGAGAAUUGUCUGCCAUUUCACAACAGUCAGAUAUUAUCCUAGUUGAAAGCCAAGCUUUCUUUCCAUCUUACUUUUACACAUUAAAAUCUCUACAGUGUAUGCACAGUGAGAUUUUUAAUCAGGAAAGUGUUUUACCUUUCGGAAAGCAAUUAUUAAACAAGAGACACAGCAUAGAUCAACAGGUGCCAGAUUAUUUUGAAUCAUCUAAAUUCGCAGAAAGAGGAUUUGAUAUCAGCUGUUUGAAUUCUGAACUACAGGUAUAUAACAUAGAUAUUUCAUCAGAGUCAAACUGGCCCGAUGCAGAUUUUCUGAAAAUGGACGAAUCGCAAUACAGAGCAUUUCUUACAUCAAUGAAAAGUAAGCUUGCGCUAAUACAGGGACCACCUGGAACUGGUAAAACUGUAGUUGGUCUCAAAAUAGCCGAACUGUUGUUAAAAAAUGACCAUAUAUGGCGUCAACAGGAAAACCAAGGGCCAAUGCUUCUACUCAGUUACACCAAUCAUGCAUUAGAUCAGUUUCUACUUGAUAUAUCAAAACGACUGCGAUCAACAGACACAGCUGAUAUUGUCCGAAUCGGAUCUAGAUCCGAAGUCGAAAUUUUGAGAGAAUAUAACUUGACGUCUAAACGCAAAGCAUAUAGUUACUCGCGGGAAGAAUACAUAACUCGCUGGGGAGAAAUUCAAUCACGCACAAAAAGGGAAAGCUCAGGCUUACUGAAUGUAAUGGCAUCUAAUGCCAGAUCAAAUUUGAAAAUAAGAAUUAAAGAGCAUGACAACCUGAAAAAACUUCGAGAGGAAAUUGAGACAGGAAUAGUUCAUCAAGACUGGCUUCAUGACGUAGCUAGAGUGAUUACUAACUCGCAGUACAGUGCACUCAGAAAUGAAUCUUCUUUGAUUAGAUGGUUAAAUAUUGAAUCAGCAACUCAACAAAAAGUUACAAUACGACCAAACUAUUCAGAAAACAUUUAUGAAGAAAACGAGUUUGAUUAUUUUGAUGACGAGGACAAUUGGUAUGAUGAUCAGAGUUGGGAUUACGAUGAAGAGGACAUAAAAACAGUUGAAAAAGAUAUAUUAAUGCAUCUAGACUUCGAAAAACUGAAAAUGGUUGUUUCUUCAAGUCUUAUUAACGAAGAAAAAAACCAGAACAAAGAAUGGUUUUGGGAUCAAUAUAAUCAGAAAGAAAAAUCUAUUUUCAUUAAGAAAAUACAGGAUAAACUUUGUUGUACACAAGCUAUGUCAAUUGAAGGAGCACGGUCGGUGUCCAAUGUAUGGUGGAUACACGAUCUUCAAAGGUGGCAGUUGUAUAAAUACUGGAUUCAACAAGCUCUUAUCCCAAUAAACAAGGAAAUUCAAGAGUGUGAAAACAGCUACAAAAGAGCACAAAAACGUUAUGAAGAGAUUCAACAAAUAGCUGAUAUCAACAUAUUGAAGAGGUCAAAACUUGUAGCAUGCACCACAACAAGAGCUGCUAGAGAUAUAGAAAUUCUUAAACGAGUUUCUCCAAGCAUUGUUCUCCUUGAAGAAGCCGCCCAAAUCCCAGAACAUCACGUGGUGGCAUGUUUGACAUCGUCGUGUCAACAAAUCAUAAUGAUUGGCGACCACCAACAACUGCGCCCAUCUUACAACGAUUACAAGACUGCACUGCAACACAAAAUAAAUAUUUCCCUUUUUGAAAGACUUAUUAAUGGAAACUUCCCAGUUAGAAAAUUAGAAAAUCAACAUCGAAUGAGACCAACAAUAUCAAAGCUUUUAGUGCCUCAUAUUUAUGAUACUCUGGAAAACGCCAAAUGUGUGCUUGAUUACGAAAACGUAAAAGGAAUGCACAAUAACAUGUUCUUUUUAUCGCAUUCUGUAUUUGAAGACCAGGAGCGCGAAGAACUUUCAAGAAGUCACAAGAACACUUUCGAGGCACAGUUAAUUUGUCAGUUGUACAGGUAUAUCAGAAUGCAAGGAUAUCCACCUUCUAAAAUUACUGUGCUGUCCACAUACUUAGAUCAGGUUCGUCUUCUCCGCAACUUGAUAAAACCUAUAGAAGAAGAACUUUCAAGAAAUGAUCCUCAUAAAACAGUUUCAAGUCAGCCUGACAAAUCGUCUAGUGAGCUUGCCGUACGAGUGACUGCGGUAGAUAAUUAUCAAGGAGAGGAAAAUGAAAUAAUUUUAUUGUCACUUGUUAGAAGUAACAUAGAAAACAAAAUAGGAUAUUUGUCCGAGCCAAAUAGAGUUUGCGUUGCUUUAUCAAGAGCGAAAAUUGGACUUUAUGCAAUAGGCAAUUUCGAACUUUUAAAAUCGAAAUCAAGACUAUGGUAUGAUAUUCUGAAGGAUGCGGACAGUAGCAACUCUUUUGGUACACGUCUGCAGCUAACAUGUCAAAAUCACAAUAGUUCAACUUACAUUUCUCAGUCAAAUGACUUUGAUCUUGUCACAGAUGGCGGAUGUCAAAAAUCUUGCUCUUUUAGAAGAGAAUGUGGCCACUUCUGCUCAAGGAAGUGUCAUAUAGAUGAUCCUCGUCAUUCAGAAAUAAAAUGUGCAAAACAAUGCUACAAAAGAGUAUGUCCAAUGGGACAUAGGUGCAUGAAAUCUUGUCAUGAUCCUUAUUUAUGUGGAACAUGCAGUGAAAUUGUGGAAAAGAUAAUUCCUAAAUGUCAACAUAAAAAACGUAUGAAAUGUUCUGAAGUUCCAGAUAUGGCGGCAUGCGAUGAGCAAUGCCAAGCUAUUAUAUCAUGUGGUCAUCGUUGUCAGAGACAUUGUACAGAGCCUUGUAAUACAGAGGAUGACUGCAUGGAGUUAAUUAAAGUAGAAGCCCGCUGUGGACAUUUAGUACAGGUUGGUUGUUGCACCAAAUAUGACCCACCGUGUAGGUUACCGUGCUUAUCAUUUUUAGUUUGUGGUCACAAAUGUCAAGGAUCGUGUUCAGAUUGUAGUCAAGGAAGGCUUCAUGUACCCUGUAAACAAAAAUGCAAUAGAAACUUAGUAUGUGGACAUAUUUGUAAGGACAGUUGCAGUUAUAGAUGUCCACCAUGUAAGCAAAAGUGUGAUCGACAAUGUAGUCAUGGCGAUACAUGUAAAAGGAGAUGUGGCGAUAACUGUAUACCGUGUAUGGAACUUUGUCAAUGGGAAUGUAAAGCAAAAUGUCCAAACAAGUUAAAGUGUGAUCAUUUAUGUAUAGAACCUUGUAAAGACAAAAAAUGUAAUACACUUUGUAAUGAAAUACUAGACUGUGGCCUUGGUCACAAAUGUUCAGGACUUUUAUGUGAAUGUUCUAAGUGUGUUUGUAAAGUAUGCGAAAACUUGACAGACAUAUUUUUUGGAAAUGAAGAUGAAGAUAACGCAAUGUUCAUUAGGUUAGAAGACUGCGAAUGUGUCUUGGAAGUACAUGGAUUAGAUCAAUAUAUUUCAAAUAUUGUUGAUAACACUUGUGACGAAAUCAAGUCUUUGAAAUGCCCAAAGUGCAGCACUAAAAUAUCGAAGUCAAAAAGAUAUUCGAACGAAAUAAAACGUAUCAACGAAAACAUUUGUGGGGUAUUAGAAACCAUUCGAAAUAUUGAAGAAGGUACAGAUCUCCAUGCAAAGCGUUUUGCUACAAUACAGUUACUCACCAAAUAUGAGACUGGCAUGCCUACCAACAUAUAUACUAAACUGAAGGAAAAAGUUAAAUCUACUAGAUCAAUCGAUAUUCUGAACAUGGUAGUUGAUCAAUUAACUUUUUAUGAAGAAAUCUUUAGCCUCAGAAUUGAAAUAUUUUCCUUCGAAAGUCGACGUUUUUUACAAGCAUGGUUAGAUCGACUAGAAAAAUGGGUGUUUUUAAGGCGAAGCAGAUAUGCAAGACAAGAACAUAACGAGUUUUACCUAGAAAUACGACGACUACAGCUGACCUUAGAUAUUCAUGAAUUCAAAACAGAACUUUCUAAAAAAGCUGAAGGAAUAGCACUGCCAGAUAAUAUUCUAAAUCACUUGCUUAAACUAGAAUCUACUGAAGUCAUGGACGACGAAGAAUUAUCUAAAAUUAGAAAGGAAACAGAAGAAGUUUCUUCUAAAAUGAUUGGUCUCACACUUAAGGAGAAGCAAAUGAUCAAGCGAGCCAUGGAAAAAGAAUUUAUGGGAUCAGGACAUUGGUACAAAUGUAAAAAUGAUCAUUAUUAUUCUAUAGGAGAAUGUGGCAUGCCAAUGGAGAAAAUAAAAUGUCCGCAGUGUGGUGUGCCAAUAGGAGGUGCUGAUCAUAUUCUAACUGACGAUAAUGAGAGAGCUAUGGAUUUUGAAAAUCUGUAAAACGUUCACUUUUGAUUUUAAUUUCUGCUUGAAAUUAUAAUAUGCUGAUUAUAUUUAUGAGGUAUAUUGUGUAUUUUUUGUUAUGAGAAGUAUGGUCAAAUAUUUAAUAUCCCAGCAAUUAUUUGUUAUACAAUCUGUUUCAUAAUCUUUACUAAAGUAAAUCUGCAUGAAACGAACGUGACAAUGUUAUGAUGCAAAAUCAUAAGGGUUAGUCUUCAGCAAACUGUAGUAGUCAACUGGAGAGCAUUUGUUUUUAAAUAUGUGGAGUAUUUGUUGUGGUGGGGGAGGUAGGGUUAAAAUUGAUAACAUCCGAAAAAUCAUGAGGUCUAAUGUUUUGUCUUUUCAUACGUGUGCAUAAAUUGUUA